UGAUUUUCUAUUUUACCCUCCACCAUUCCCCGUAAUACCUGUCCAUUAUAAGCUUCUGCUAAAGUCGUAUUGUAAUGUAAAGUCCCUCUCCUUGUCUUCCACUCCCCUUUACCGUUUCCCCUUCCUCAGUUCAAUGGCAGACCCGAAACCCGAACCUUCCUCUUCAAUGCCUGACCCACCACCUUGCUCCGAACCCAGUUCACACCACGAAACCGUCCCUACCGGGUUAACCGACGACGAGUUCUCUGAGUUGAUCCCUUCCAUAACCGAGUUCCACACCUACUCAGUGGGUCCAGGUCAGUGUUCUUCCUUAUUAGCCCAACGUAUCAACGCCCCUCACACCGCCGUCUGGUCCGUUGUACGGCGUUUCGACAAACCCCACACUUACAAACACUUCAUCAAGAGCUGUUCCGUGAAGGAAGGUUUCCAAAUGGUCGUGGGCUCCACGCGAGACGUCAGCGUGAUAUCCGGGUUGCCGGCUGCUACCAGCACCGAGAGACUCGAUAUUCUGGACGAUGAGCGAGAGGUCACCGGGUUUACCGUUCUUGGAGGUGAGCACCGGUUGCGUAAUUACAGGUCGGUGACGACGGUGCAUGGUUUCGAGCGUGACGGGAAGAUCUGGACCGUCGUUUUGGAAUCUUACGUCGUUGAUAUCCCAGAAGGGAACUCGGAGGAAGACACACGGCUGUUCGCCGAUACCGUCGUCAAGUUGAACUUGCAACAGCUGGCGUCCAUCACCGAAGGUUUAGCGCGUGAUGCUACCGCUGUUGACGGUAAUAAACCACAGGUGAUGUGAAGGAGAAAAAAAAAACAAGACAAAAGAGACAAAUACUCAAAUUAGAAAAUCAAAGUGAUGGGGGUGGCUCCACAAUUUCAACUAAAGGGGGCCUUGAAAGUUAAAAGUCCAAUCAGAUUUGGAGGGCGUGUGCACAUUUAAUCUUAUAGGCCCAUAUGAUUUCCUUUUUGCACAGUACACCCCUCAAAUCAUUUUUCUCAAUAUCGUAUUGAUUUUAGUUCUGAAUUUAAAAACAGAUUUCUCAAAGUAUUUUCUUGUAAUGGAUUUCAGAAUUCAGACCAA